AUGGCAAACCACAUUGAUAUGAUUUCAACUAUCAAUGAUGUUCCCCGAACUAGGAUUCAUUGCAGUGUGAAGAAAACACUAAUUUACCUGUUUCAGAAACAGCUAUCUGAAGGUGUCGUGUACACCCUUACCACGUUUGAUGUGGUCAGAAGCACUGGCGAAUACCGUCCUACAAGUCAUGUUUAUAAGUUGGAUGCAACUUAUAAUACUAAAUUCACAAGAUCUGAUAGCAUUGUUUUUCCAGAGAUAGUCUACACUUUCACACCACCUGCUGAUGUUUUCAAAAAUGAUUUUAAUAGAGAUUUCUUGAUUGAUGUUGUGGGAGUGCUGGCUUCUGUGGGUAAGGAAAGGGAGUAUGUCAAAAAUGGUAAACGGACCAAGGUCAUCACCAUAGCGUUGAACAAUAAUGGGUACUCUUAUCUCUUAACAUUGUUUGGUCACUAUGUUGAUGAACUUAACUCUUUCCUUGCAUCCGGUGAGACAAUGAAUGCUGUUGAUGCACUUUUGUUUGCAAAAUCUAAGAUCUUCCAAGGCAAACCAGUCCUACAGAAUUCUAUAAAUGCUUCGAGGCUUAUGUUUAACCCUGAAAUUGCUGAAAAUGAUUCUCUGAAAAAUAUGGUGACCACUAUUGCUGACUCGCCAGACAAUGGUAUAGGUAAGCUCCAAGACUUGGAGACAAUUAGGUUUGAAGAUGAAAUGUUGGUUUUGACGCCGCGGUCUACCAUUGAUGGUUUGUCUGGGAGUAAGAAGGGCUCCGCGUUUGUUGUUCUGGGCACAGUUACAGAUAUUGUUCGACAUGGUGGAUGGUGGUACACUGCACACCAUUGCCACAAAAAGGUGUAUCCAGCUGAUGGCAUGUACUACUGUGGCAAAUGCGUCAAGCAUGUUGUUGAUGUCACUCCUAGAUAUCUGCUGAAGUUAGAGGUCACAGAUGAGACGGGCGCUACCACCUUUGUCCUGUUUGACCAGGAUGCAAUGGUGUUGCUUAACAAAGCUUGUGCUGAUCUCAUUCAAUCCCUCAAUCAUGAUCCAAAUGAAGACACUUUGCCUACCCUCAGCUGCAGCAAAACAUUAGCACUAAGCAUUAUUUUGAAGAGCGGGGAAUUCUUGCUCCUACUUUGGACUCUGUUCAGGAGGUCAAUGAGUAUAUCAUGUCACAAAUUCUAGGUGAAGAAAAAGAAUACUGUAGUGCUGAUUCGGUGUGUAAAUCAGACAAAGACAGCGACGUUACAGGAGAAUGGUUCACUACAGAGUUUUUAAAUGAAAUUAAGUGUUCCGGACUUCCAAAUCAUAAGUUGAGACUAAAGGAAAAUGUGUCUGUCAUGCUUAUGCGCAACAUUGAUCAAGCACGUGGGUUGUGUAACGGAACAAGACUUUUGGUAAAUUAUUUGGGAAAGAGUAUAAUUGGUGCAACAGUGCUCACAGGAACAAACAUCGGUGACAAAAUUGUGCUUUCUCGCAAGAAUUUAAUUCCAACUGAUCCAGGACUACCUUUUAAAUUUCAAAGAAGACAAUUUCCUCUGACUCUUUGUUUUGCUAUGACAAUUAAUAAAAGUCAAGGACAGUCGCUCUCCCAUGUCGGAAUUUACCUUCCUCGACCGGUAUUCACUCACGGUCAGUUGUAUGUUGCGAUGUCUAGAGUCAGGUCGAGAAAUGGACUCAAGUUGUUGAUUUUGGAUGAUGAACAAAAAGUUUGCACUUCAACCAAAAAUGUUGUGUAUCGUGAAAUCUUCACCAAUGUCUAGAAUUUUUUUAAGGUAUUAAUGUCUAGCUUUCCAAUCAUAUCUACUAAUAAUGAUGUUCAUUUCGAU